GACGUCGUAGGCUGGGAUAGGCAGCAAUAAAUAAAGAAUUCAAUUAAUAGAGCAGAAGAGAGAAUGGGUGGCGUUACGUUUUUGAAGAAUAGAUACUGGGUGGUGAGGCAUGGCAAAAGUUUUCCGAAUGAAAGGGGUCUCAUUGUUUCCUCCAUGGAAAAUGGAAAACUUGAACAAUAUAAGUUGGCUCCCGAAGGAAUCAAACAAGCAGAAUUGGCUGGAGAGUCCUUCCUAAAGGUACUCAAAGAAGAUAACAUACCACUUGAAAAUGUUCGAAUCUGCUAUUCUCCCUUCUCGAGAACCACGCAUACAGCACAAGUGGUUGCAUCAGUUCUAAACAUUUCUUUUGAAGGACCACAGUGUAUGGUUCUAGAUGAUCUUCGGGAGCGUUUCUUUGGUCCUUCUUAUGAACUUAAGUCUCAUGACAAAUAUCCUGAUAUAUGGGCUCUAGAUGAGAAAGACCCAUUCAUGCAGCCUGAAGGUGGAGAAAGUGUUGCAGAUGUUGUGACUAGACUCACGAAUGCAUUGAUUAACAUGGAGUCACAAUUUCAAGGAUGGACAGUGUUGGUGGUCAGCCAUGGUGACCCUCUGCAAAUUUUCCAGACAAUACUCAAUGCAGCUAAGGAUUACAGAGGAUCCUGUGAAAAUGACUUGGUCUCAAGAAUACAGGCAGUCAAAAUCCCUUCUGUUCUCUCACAGCACCGGAAGUUUGCUCUACAAACAGGAGAAUUGCGCUCAGUAGUUUAAUCCACAGCUUGAAUUGCACAUUCUGAAACAUUCUUUGAGCUCAUGCUUUUUCUUUCUGUAUACAUGGUGAAUCCCCUGACUGGUUUACCUGUCUCUACGGAGAAUAAUUUGGAAUGAAAAACAAUGAAGUAGAAAAUCAAAUAAAGAAGGAAGAAUAUCUCCUUUAUCAGGUGAGGUAAGCUGCUGAACAUGAGUACAUUCCUAAGAAAUGGAGUGUUUUAAUAUGCUUUUGGAA